UGCGUAGCAAGGUGUACAACUGGAGGUGUCGCGAGUUGCAGCAGGUGGUUAACUGAUUUUGUGGCCAUGUAGUGGAUCUACCGCUGUUGUAAACCAUGUCGUCUUUGAGAAGGAGACGCUUCAGCUGCGGGGUACAUCGCGAGCACCGUCGUCACUUCGAAACUACGAAUCGCGCACAUUGAUUCGAAAGGAUGAAGCAAAUGUCGUGGCUUGUGGCGAAGGCUGCAGCGCUCUGCUUCGUGGAAGCGGGGCACGUUUUGGUCCUGGGCGAAGGGGGUGAUUCCUUCUCCUUCUCACGCUACACUGCGGAUCCGAUGGGCUACAGGGCUAUCGCCACCGCCGCAGCGGAAAAAGAGCGCACUGAGCCGCAAUUGCCCCUCCUCAGUUGUUCAUAUGACGCCGAGAUGAGCGAUUUUCGAAACCUGAUCAACGAAGAGAAUUUCAAGGAUGCGUACGCGCGCUUCGACGAGAAGCUGUAUUCAAUGGCAGACUACCUCGUCGGCAAACGGUUCCCCGCUUUCAUGCAGUUCAAGCAGAGCAAGAGUAACGAGUUUUUCUUCGACUGCUCGAGACCGGAAAUUCGCGGCGAGGUGUGCUACUACGGCAUGGUCGCCGCCUUCCUCACGCAAUUCCGUUACCUCGGAAUCAAAAACUUCGUCACUACCGUUUUCGGAAUCAAGGAAAGUCCGGAAGCCAAAAUUCACGCGGAGGUGCGCUCGUUUCUGCAGUUGCUGGUCAUGAACAAGAACAAUUGUCUAGACUUUUUGGACAGUAGUGGCUGGAAACUGAACCUUCUCGCGCUGGCAGAAGAGGUGCGUCAUCCCGACUGGGUGCCGAUCGAGCGAGAACAGCCGAACUUAACCGCAAAAACGCUAGCGGGUGAAUUUUUCUUUCACAGAGACUUUCACAGCGCGCGUGAUGCGUCCUUUCAGAUGCGAGAGACGCGCAGUCUAAAAUUGCAAGAAAUUGUGCUGUAUGCGACAGGGACACACUCCAGUCUGGCGCAAGAGCCGAUGACCAUGCUUUCCGACUAUGUCGACUUACCGGGAUUUCAGAUACGCCCAUUCUAUGAGGUAAUAGACUCCACACAUUGCCAGUUCUUUUCCGAUUAUCAAGACUGCGCACAGGCUGGUAGAAGUGCUAGGAAAGGGGGCACACACAGCACGAGGGGUCGUACCAGCAGGAGUCCUAAUGGCCCCCGUCGUGGUAGUUCAUCUUCGGGUGAUUUCGAUUUUGUCGGUUUCCAAGAGGUAUCGGAGAAGUACUUCGCGUCCACUUGGGGAAAUCUGCUGAUCCACGACUAUCCACAAUUCGAAGCGGAAAUGAGAACGCGAUUUCAGGAGCACGCAUUGUCAGAGGAAGCGGAUGUGAUUUUAUGCUCGUCACCCGCUGUAAUGUGUAGUGUUUUUGAUACCUUCCGGCACAUAGCGUUGCUGGCCUACAUCGGAGAGCCGCUUUUGUUAGCGGUUCACUCCGACAUUCACGAUUGGUGGUUCUCAAAAUUCCGUUCAAUGGUCCGCGAGCGUCCCCGCACCGUCGUCGCGGUAUACAACCCCUACCUGAAGCACAUGAUACGGUAUCAAACUGGCGCCGAUUUACCAGUGAUACGCGUGACCGGGAAGUACACGCAGAUGAGUUACAGUUAUCGAUGGACGCCAGAAGUAGAUGCAACAGGUCGUACCGCUAGAACUGGAACUGAGCUGAGCAGGAACGGGAAGCCACACGACAUCGAGCGUUGUGAACGUGAAGAGAACCACAAUCAAGCUCACACCAAGGAGGAAGAGGACCUGAAGCCACAAGUUGUGUAUGAUCUUUUGGUUGCGAAAGGACCGAACAUCUGCGUAGACACCAUCUGCAUUCUGCGUAGAAUGAACGACGAGAUGAGAAAAAUUAGAGUGCUUCAAAUUCGCGACAGAUUGGACUGUAGCUCUCCCACAACGACCACCUCCGAAGGAGUAGACCCUACAGGGAACCCUACUUCUUCCUCUGUCGAAGUUUCUCGUAGAGGUGGCCCUUCAACUGAAGAAGGUGUCUCCAUCCUUCAGAGGUAUCAGAGCGAAUUACUGACUUUGCUGUGUGACGUCGAUGCAGACGAAAAACAGAGCGGCACUGGAGGACGUGGGCACCAGGAGGUGAUUAAUCUGGCGAUUAAUGUAGUGUCUAGGGUUGAACUGCUCGUGGAUCAGGUGCGAUCGGUUAUUGCAAAUUACGAGACGGCGGGGAAUGGUAGUCGUCUGCACGACAGAAAAGGGGGUGAUGUGUUACGGGAUAACCCGGUCGCUUUUGAAACAACGGGCGAUCGACCUACAAUUAAUGAGCACGCUUCAGAAAUGGGGCUGCAACAAGCUUCGCCGGGCGCUGACGAACGUGGUGUAGAGAGUGCAUUAGGGGGCGCCUGGAACGAGGGAGUACGCAAGCUUCUUCAUGCGAUUGGCAGUCAGCCGGAAAGUUCCGCAACAGCUAGUAGCUUUAGAGGCUUCCCUCGAAAGUAUAGGUUUUUUGGCCUGGACGAGUUCGGGCCUCAGCAUGGGUCUAAAUCCCUGUCGCAUCAGGACAUGGCGUCACGCUUCCUCGCGGUUGUGAUGUAUCCCUACGACGUCUCUCUGAUGCUAUUCUACGAGUUGUACAAUGCAGGGGUGCCGCUAGUCGUGCCGGCUCGAGAAUAUAUACACUUUUUUGUGUUUCGGGGAUUGCAUUCCUACAAGUCGCAUCAUCAUUUGCGAGAUGUAGCGGCCGGCCUCUCGGAGAAGGAGCGUAUCGAGCUGUCCACCAAUGACUACCCUGUGUCCCCGUUUCUAGGGUCCCUGGAAGCACGUGCCUGGUACCGAGGAGCCGAGUGGUGGGCCAAGUUCACGGACUUCUAUCAGUUUCCCCACCUUCUAAGGUUUUCCACCGUUGCGCAGCUUUUCGAGGAACUCAAUUCCCUCAUUGCAGUGAAAGAGCCUGAAGGGGAGUUGUAUGCGUACCAGGUGUCUCGUCGGAUGCGCAAAUUCGGGGACCAAACUUUCGCCCGUUCACUCCGACAAUGGGGUGACAUUUUUCGUGGAAAUUUCGGUUUCAAAGGUGCUCCAGAAUCAAGACCAUAAUGAUCGGGAAUGAAAGACCUGAAUGAUGAUCUGGGAUGGGCGGAUGCGUUGUCAUGACAGAAGCCUGAGAAGCGUAUGGCUUGCGGACACUGCGGAAAUUGUUGAUUCUCUGAUUCUAACGGAUCGUCAUCAAACUCGAAAUUAUCGCAGGUUUGCGCUGGACGCAAUUCUCACAGACCAAAUCAUCGGUGUCACGCAGCAGAGAGUAAUGCAUAUUAAUCACAAUGGAC